AUGUCUUUUGACCACACCACCAUAUACACAACAGCAAACAGUUCCACCAGUGAGCAUGGGGACGGCAAGCCCCCCACCAUCCCCACUGUCAUGUUCAUCUUUGGGGUGGUGGGCAACCUGAUUGCCAUCGUGGUGCUUUGCAAGUCCAGGAAGGAGCAGAAGGAGACCACUUUCUACACGCUGGUGUGUGGGCUGGCAAUCACUGACCUCUUGGGGACCUGUCUGGUGAGCCCAGUCACUAUUGCCACAUACCUGCAGAACCGCUGGCCGGGUGGAUCUGAACUGUGUGAAUACAGCUCCUUCAUCCUCCUUUUCUUCGGGCUCUCUGGCCUCAGCAUCAUCUGUGCCAUGUCUAUAGAAAGGUACCUGGCCAUUAACCAUGCCUAUUUCUACAACCAUUAUGUGGAUAAGAAGCUGGCAGGGCUCACUCUCUUUGCCAUCUAUGUCUCCAAUGUGCUGUUCUGCGCCCUGCCCAGCAUGGGACUAGGCAAAUCUACCUUACAGUACCCCCAAACUUGGUGUUUCAUAGACUGGAAGACCAAGGAGGCCACCCAUGCCGCCUACUCCUACAUGUAUGCUGGCUUCAGCUCCUUCCUAAUCAUGGUCACGGUAGUCUGCAAUGUCUUGGUGUGCGUGGCCCUGAUUCGCAUGCACCGCCAGUUCAUGCGACGCACCUCCCUGGGCACAGACAACACCGCCAGCCGCUUGUCUGACUUUCGCCGGCGCAGGAGCUUUCGUCGCAUGGCUGGAGCAGAGAUCCAGAUGGUCAUUUUGCUUAUUGCCACCUCCCUGGUUGUGGUCAUCUGCUCCAUUCCUCUGGUGGUACGUGUCUUUGUGAACCAACUGUACCGACCAGACAUAGUGAAGGAUGUCAGUCAAAACCCUGACUUGCAGGCCAUCCGCAUUGCUUCAGUGAACCCCAUCCUGGACCCAUGGGUCUACAUCCUCCUCCGCAAGACAGUGCUCAGCAAAGUCAUAGAGAAAAUCAAGUGCCUCUUCUGCCGCAUUGGAGGGGCUCGAAGGCAACACUCUGGGAGCAAUUUCAACUGUGCGGAUGGACGCCGAACCUCCUCCGCCAUGUCCAGCCACUCACCCUCCUUCAUCUCUCGGGAGCUGAGGGAGAUCAGUAGCACCUCACAGACAUUGCUCUACCCUCCAGAGCUAAGUGAAAAUAGCACUGGGGGUCGCAUGCUGCUGCCAGGAGCCAGUGCUGGUCUGGCUCAGUGUGACACUACAUCAGCGAGGACAUUACGCAGCUCAGAGACCUCAGACUCUUUGCCGGGACAGGACUCUGAGAGUGUCUUUCUGGUGAAUGAAGUCGGGUCUGGUGGCGAAGCCAGCUCUGUGCCCAAAAGCAGCUCCCUUCAGGUCACCUUUCCCAGUGAAACGUUGAACUUAUCAGAAAAGUGUAUCUAG